AUGCUGUCUCCGCUGAAGCCGUCUGCGCCAUCGGCAUCACUGCUGCGGUUCUUACACUCACAGUCAGGCUCCGUGGCUAAUUCGUCGACAUGCGCUCUCACAAAACGCGCUUCGAGCCAUAACACCCUGGCGAUAGGAUCGUCGCGAAGAUCCUCGACUUGGACUCGCCCUGACAAGUCACGAUGUGUUGCCACACUCAACGCAAAGCUAUCGAUCACAUCUGCCAGGCCGAAGGCCGAGAUCUCUUCGCGCGCGCUUGAACAAUUAAUCUUUACUCGGCCUGCCUCCACGGCCCGUCGGCCUUUCCUCAAGCGCCUUCUCGAUCUCAGGAAGAGCAAGACUGCCGAAUACAAGAAUACACAGAAUGGACCCGCUUGGAUUGAUGAGGGGACAGAUGGAAUGUUCAACAUUGGUCGUGGAUUGGCCGCUAAGGCCUCGAACGAGUUGCGGAUUCGAUGUACGGAGUUUGACAGCAACGGGAAUGUCACGCUGGUGAAUGGAGAGUUUCGGAAAUUGGAACUGAUUGCCAAGUACGGCCUUCUUCCUCGAGACCUACGCAAGAUUGAUUCCUCCACUUUACCCCAUAUACUUGUCCGACCAAGCGCCAUCCUCAUCAACCUCUUGCAUCUACGAGUCCUAAUCAAAGCCGAUCGAGUACUUGUAUUUGAUGCCUACGGGUCAACAGACUCUUACAUGCAGUCCCUUUUCAUCUACGAUCUCGAAGGCAAACUACGCCAAAAGACAUCGCAGGUUGCGCAGGCUGGUCCGGCUUUACCUUACGAACUUCGCGCUCUGGAAGCUGUGCUUAUUAGCGUCACAACUGGCUUGGAAGAGGAGUUCAAUGGUGUGAGGGAUCCUGUCGUGCGGGUACUCCGAGCGCUCGAGGAGGACAUUGAUCGUGAUAAGCUCCGACAUCUCCUGAUUUACUCGAAGAAGCUCGGUACUUUUGAACAGAAAGCUCGAUUGGUCCGAGAUGCUAUUGAUGAUCUUCUCGAAGCGGACGAUGAUCUUGCUGCCAUGUACCUGAGCGAAAGAGCAAAGGGCAAGGAACGAGAUGAGGAUGACCACCAGGAAGUGGAGAUGUUGCUGGAGUCAUAUCACAAGGUCUGUGAUGAAAUUGUUCAGGCCAGUGGUAACUUGGUGACGAACAUCCGCAAUACUGAAGAAGUGGUCAAAGCCAUUCUCGACGCGAACCGCAACUCCCUCAUGCUUCUCGAUCUCAAAUUCAGCAUCGGCACAUUAUCCCUCGCAGCAGGAACACUGUACUCGGCUCUUUACGGAAUGAACUUGAAGAACUUCAUCGAAGAAUCUGACUUUGGCUUCGGCGGCGUCUCUCUUAUCUGCUUCGCCCUCACCGCAAUUGUCAGCGUCUACGGUCUUGCUAAACUACGCAAACUCCAGCGUGUCCGCAUGUGGGGCGAAUCCGGCGUUGGAAGCAAUUCUUUGAGCCCAUUGAACACGAGAUGUGGCGUGUCCGGACAGCGUGCGAACUGGCGCGCUGAUUCCAUCGAACCCGUCUGGGGCAGUCUUCCUGGCGAGGCUCGUUCAGAACGUAUCGAACGUCUCCGAAAGAGUGCUGCCGCAGCUGCAGCAAAUUCUGCGGCCAGAAACGCUGCUGCAGCUGCAGCGCAGCGUUCUUCUGUUUUUGAAAAUGCUUUGGAUGCUGAACGUAUCAAGGCAGACAAACAAACGUCUCAAUAG